AUGUCUGCUGCAGACUUCGUAUUAGGCCACCCAGCACUGGUCGUGGUUGGGGCGGCGAUCUCUUUUUUUUGCUACAAACUUGUUCGCUUAGCGUUUUCCGACGCCGAUCUGCAUCUCUUAAGCCUCGGCAUGCACAAAUCCAAUGCCUUCACUGAUAAAGUGGUAUGGAUCACGGGUGCAAGCCAGGGCUUGGGUGCAGUCCUGGCAAAGUACUUCGCGAGCUUGGGCGCGCGAGUUAUCCUGAGCUCGCGUGACACUUCAAAGCUGACUCAAGUCAAGCAAUCUCUGGGUCUUCUAGAUGAACGGGUGCUUGUUCUGCCGUUCGACCUAGGUAGCCCUUAUGAGGAGCUGGAAAUGGCAGCCGCAGCUGCUGACAGCGCGUUUGGCUCCGCUGGUGUCGAUUACCUCAUCCACAACGCAGGCAAGAUGGAUCAGCAGGGAGACACUCAGCAUGCUCUCGCCUCCGAAACCACCGCGGCAGUGACCGACGCACUGAUACAGUUGAACGCUGUAGGGCCCAUCAAGCUCACCCGCGCGAUGCUGCCGCACAUGUUGCGACGCAACCGGGGACGGAUAGUGGUGGUUGGCUCCAUGAGCAGCAAGCUGCCAAGCCCUGGCCAGGCUGUGUAUGCAGCUGCCAAGAUGGCGUUGUAUGGCUACUUCUCUUCCCUGGCAACGGAGCUGGCGGAUACGAAUGUGGGCGUCACAAUCUGCUGUCCGGGUCCUGUGGCGACUGGCUCCGAGGAGCUACCGCGUGUUGUAUAUGGUCCUGCUGGGCGCAUAGUGCAGAACGCCACCGGCUCCUCAAAUAGGCUCGAUCCAGCACGAGCUGCGCAGCUUAUCGCCAGUGCAGCAGCACAUGGCGUGGAUGAGGCCUGGAUCGCGCAGCACCCAGUGCUAGCCAUGGGCUAUAUUUUCCAACUGGUCCCACGACUGGGCUGGCUGCUGCUGAAGAUGAUUGGGCCCAAGCGUGCCAGACUGAUCAAGGAUGGCAAGAGUGGCUACAAUGUGGGCAAGCUCAUUACAUGAUAGUACUGCUCAAUGUAGCCUGUAUGCUUUGCUCUUGGUAACAGGUGAUUGAAACAUGCCGAUCCACCUGCAAUGGAUGGAUUUCAAAGUGCUUCCCAUGGAGAGGUUUGCAGAAAGUGGCUCUUAGACAAUUCAUGGACAAUUGUUCGGUUUUUCGGAGAGGAGGUAGUUGUUGUAAGACACAACCACCAAGUGGUGGUAUUGAAAUUUACCAAUUGAGGCAAAUGAUUGGAUUGAGAAGUCGCAGCAGAAUCCAUUUUGGCCUUCUGCUGAUAAGGCCCCAGUAUGACUGGAUGGCAUGAUCUCCAGACAAACGUAAUUAGAACAGGAAUUAUUACUCCCGAAACGGUUGCAGUAGUGUCAAUCAUGACCAGACCGUCACGUAUGUGUCAUGGAUCCGGUCAUGGAACAGUUCAUAGUUUGCAUAAGCCAAGUGCAGGAUAUGACUGGUGGGGGUCAUAGAAUGUCUGCGAUUCAUGAUGUCAAUACAUGAAAAAGUGGAUCCCAAUAUGACCCCAGGGGGUCAUAAAGUUGGUCAUAUACCUGCACAUAAAUAUCUAUGAUAUGCAGAACAUGACCAGGUCAUGUUGCGCAUGGUAUUCCAUGAUGCAGCAAUGCAGGCCAUGACCACCCGGGCACAUGUUUUGCACUCAUUCCAUGAGUCGUACACUGCGAUCCAUGACCACCCCGGUGCAUGUUUUGCGUGGUUUACAUGAGUUGUAUAAUGCUUUUAAAUGUUUCCUU